AUGCACAGCACCACGGCCAUCAAAGAUGCAGAGACGCACUUUGAGGAUCAGAUCAGUAAACUGGUGCUGGAGAAACAGGAGCUGGAGUGGGAAAGGGAAUCCCUCCAGCAUCAGAUUGAAACAGGCGUGAAUCAGCACACGGAGUCACUCACCAGUGUGAAGAACCAGUUUCAGGCCAAAAUCCGAAACGUUGAGGAGGAGAAGGGGAAAUACCAGGUCAGUGCUGAGUUAAAGGACAAGGAGAUUAACAACUUGAAAGAAGAACUGAGGUCGCUGCAGUUGCUGAAGUUCAACUUGGAGAAGAAAUCAAAGGAGCUGGUGAGGAAGAAUCUUCCACUUACACAAACUGUUGACAGAGCGCUGGUGGGAGAGCAGAAACUCUCCUUGCAGAGCAGGUCGAAGGACAGUCACCUGAACCAGCUCGGGGAGGUGGAGAAACGAUUCAGUGCUCUGUCCAGGCAGUGUGCCAUGGUCAAGAAGGGCCAUGAGACACUACAGCAAAAUGUGGAUGAGGCCAUGAGAAUCAACAAGAAACUAACUUCUGCAAAUGAAAAGCAAGAAGCAAACAUUGUGGCCAUGAAGAAGGAGUUGGAGCAGGUGAAUACCAAGCUGAUUAAAACCAAGAUGAUGUCGGUCACACAUGACAAGUUCCACCACGGUCAAACAGGCACAGAGCAGCAUGUAGAGAAACUGCACCAGAGACUGAGGAAGGAAACUGAAAUUAUCAAGAAACUCCAGGAGGAGAACGUUGCUGUGAGAGCAGAAAAGCAGGCCCUUAAGCAGGAACACGAAGUGAUGCGAGACAAAAGCAAGGCUCUGGAAGAUAAGGUGGCCCGACUGAUGGAGUGCCACGCCGCCUCCGUGACGAGCUGGGACAAAGAGAAGAAAGUGUUUCUGGACGACAUCGAGAGCGAACGGCAGGAGCUUCGAUCGGCGAAGGAGGCUUUCGACGAGCUUCAUGAGAAACACACGGAGGUGUCCUUGCUGUCUAAAGAGCAGGCACAGCACAUACUGGAAUUAGAGACGAGAAACCAAAGUCGGAGCCGCCUCAGCGAUUCCACCCAGGUCGUCCUUCCUAUCGAACCCAGCGAUGAGCUUCUGAUCCUCGGCCGCCUGCAGCACGCCGCCUCCUCUCAGAGACGACCAGAAGGUCUCGACCACACAGGAUCUGUGACGGAGCUCGUUGCCACUGGAGCGACUGAAGAGCUGCAGCAGGAUGGAGAAGACGUCCAAGGAGAAGAUGCAAAAGAUGGACGGAGCACUGCAGAGAAGAGAGGAACUCUCAUGGCCGAAACAACGGGUCCUGCAGACGGACGAGAGGACGGCCAGCGGUCAGCGGAGGAAGCUGAGGACACCAGAAGCUCUGAGGGUGAAACCAGAGACGAAGGGUCAGACGGGGCAGAGCAGAGAGGAAAGACAGGAGAGCAGACACCAGCAGCACAGAUACCGACCCAGACGAGCACUGAUUGCUCCUCGGAGAAGAGCAACACCCUGCAGGUCGUUGACUUCAUGGACGCUGAGACACCACUGGUUGUCUCUGAGCCCUCCCACCGGCCGGAGAGUCGCUGUCAGGAAUCCACUGAGCAGGACGCUGACUCCACACAUGUGAACAAGGGAUGUGGGACAGAGAGAGGACAGUUUCUCUCCGCCCUGGGUCCCAAUGAAGGCCGAAGAAGUGAGAAUCAUGGGCCUGAAUCCGUCACUCAAGUCCGACAAGUUGAGGUUCAAACUCCAGACGCCGAGCUGCUCACUCAGCUGCCGAAUCCAAGUCAUCAAGUCUCUGAGAAAACCCCAGGAGAGACGCCAGCCGACGAAUCAGCAGCUGAGCCUCUGAGUGAUUGUGGCUCUGCUGUGCUUCCUUCAGCUGCUCAAACAGACUUUAGUAUCAGUAUCAGCGAGUUGGAGACGACUGCAGCACAAUCAGAACAGAAUAAUCCCUCUGGCUUUAACAGGGACGUGAAGCAAACAGAUGAAUCCAGUCAUAAACACGCGAGUGAAGAAUGUGAAUUAGUGAGAGCAUCUGUCGAACCACAGCCAUUUCCUCAAAGUCAGGAGAUCUCAGAGCAAGAGAAGGGACAGAGCAAGUCUCUGAUUCUGGAUGAAGAUGAUUCUGGUGCAAAGAGCGAACGUCAGGCAAAUGUGGACACACAAGAAAACUGCGACAGUGAGAUUAUACAGAUGAAAGAUCAUUUAAAGGACGUCUGUGUCGAUAUCACGAUGGACACUGAAGACGUUGAAUCUGGCAAACGUCCGGACCAAACAAAAAAUGACAAACCAGAAGUCGCAGGAAGUGAAAAGACCAAUAGAAGUGAGACUCACUUGAAGACGUCCGUCCCCUCAGCUGGACCCAGGUCGUCUUUCGAUCUGGUCUCAGUCCUGCAUCAGUUUGCUCAGGGAUCCGAGCAGAACAAGAGCCUCAAUCCUCCUCCCAGCAGAUUCACCAUGUUCCCUACGAGCAAACACAGCAAAGUCCCCUUGGUGAUUACCGGGGCGUCGGAUCUGUUGAAUGCCUCCAGUGUCUCUGGGAACACAGCUUCCUCCGCGAGGCAGCGGCAGGGAGAGUGGAAAGUUCUGGACCAGACCACGGCAGCAGAAACGGUCAGUAACAGAACCUGUGGUGAAGGAAGACUCUCAGGACAGCUUGUACUCAAAAACUCAUAA